CCAAAAGUAAUUCCAAAAGUAAUUACAAAAGUAAUUCCAAAAGUAAUUCGAAAAGUAAUUCCAAAAGUAAUUCCAAAAGAAAUUCCAAAAGAAAUUCCAAAAGUAAUUCCAAAAGUAAUUCCAAAAGUAAUUCCAAAAGUAAUUCCAAAAGUAAUUCCAAAAGUAAUUCCAAAAGUAAUUCCAAUACCAAAAGUAAUUCCAAAAGUAAUUCCAAAAGUAAUUCCAAAAGUAAUUCCAAAAGUAAUUCCAAAAGUAAUCCCAAAAGAAAUUCCAAAAGUAAUUCCAAAAUUACAGUUCGAUUUCGAUGUGAUCUUGUUCCAGACGAAACUGGUUGAUCAACUUAAAAACGGAAGGAUGGUUUCUCCUUCGCCUCCCUAUGUACGUAUCCUGCCGAUGAUGACAGAACAACAUCGUUCAGCAUUUUCAUCCACCCUCGGCAGCCAUCGUUCUUGCAGCAUCUCCAUGUCGUACUUCCAUCAGCAUUUGCUAUGUCCUUUCCACAUCUGUAGCCUUCGACCAAAAUAA